AUGAAAGGAAAAAUGGCUCAUCUACCAUCAUGCAUGAAGGAAUUGCCACACGACCUAAAUGCUACCCUUUUCACGCUGUUUUCCUUCUUCAUCAGCAUUCUGCUGGUGUUGAAGCUCACAAGAAGAACCAAACACAAUCUACCUCCAUCUCCUCCAAAAAUACCUAUAAUCGGAAACUACCAUCAGUUAGGAACACUUCCCCAUCGCUCUUUCCAAACCCUAUCACAAAAAUACGGUCCUCUAUUGUUGUUGAAGCUGGGUCAGCUUCCCGUUUUGGUGGUAAACUCGGUAAGUUUAGCUAGAGAAGUUCUGCAAACCCAUGACGAGGUUUUUGCGAGUAGGCCACAUCUCACAUCCUCUAGAAUCAUACUCUACGGGUGCAAGGACGUAGGGUAUGCAUCCUACGGUGAUGCAUGGAGACAGAAAAAGAAACUCUGCGUGGUUGAAUUGCUGAGCAUGAAAAGGGUAAAAUCGGUUCAGUUCAUAAGAGAAGAGGAAGUGGAGACACUGGUGAGUAACAUACGUAAAGCGAGCACGAGGAAUGGUUCUUCUGUGAACCUCACCGAGAUGCUAGUUAUGACCGUAAACAACAUAGUGUGUAGGUGCAUGUUCGGAAGGAAAUACGAGGCUGAAGAUGGAAAUUGCAGAUUUGGUGAACUUGCGAGGGAAGCGAUGAGUGAAAUUUCAGAUUUCAGUUUGGGAGACAUGUUUCCAUUGUUGGGUUGGGUUGGGUUUCUGAGUGGCCAAACUAAAAAGUAUAAGGUCACUUUUGGAGCAUUGAAUGCUUUCUUCGAUCAUCUAAUUGCAGAGCGUAAGAUGGCAAGGGUGGAUCAUGAGAAGAAAGACUUCCUUGACACUCUCCUUCAUCUUCAAGACAGUGAUAAGCUAGAGUUCGAGCUCACAACAGAUGAUCUAAAAGCCGUUCUCAUGGACAUGUUUGUUGGAGGAAGUGACACAACAUCAACAACAGUAGAAUGGGCUAUGUCAGAGCUUGUAAGAAAUGCAGACAAAAUGAAGAAAGUGCAGGAGGAGCUAGGAGGAUAUGAUAUUCCUCACAAAACCAUGCUGUUUGUGAACGCAUGGGCAAUUCAGAGGGACCCUGAAUUUUGGGAAAAGCCUCAAGAUUUUUUACCAGAGAGAUUUGAAAACAGUGAGGUUGAUUUCAAUGGUCAAGACUUUCAGUUCAUCCCAUUCGGUUCUGGGAAGAGAAAAUGCCCUGGUAUGGCAUUUGGGCUUGCUUCAGUGGAAUUUGUGCUUGCUAAUCUUUUAUUUUACUUCGAUUGGAAGCUAUAUAAAAGUGGUGAGUCUGAUAAAGACCUUGACAUGAGUGAGAAAUUUGGCCUCACUACCAAUAAGAAAGAACCUCUGCAUGUCCAACCAAUACCAAAUUCCGGUUCCUAA